CUUACGGUGAGCCUGGUUAGUCAGUCACACAGGUGUAAGAGAGGAGUGAGGAGGUAGUUCUGCCUCGUGAUACUCGUUCCUAUUUAAGGAUAGUGCUUCACAAAACUCCGCAAGAAUGAACAAGCUGUGUUUGGCUGUUGUCUUGGCGCUGGUCGGGGCGUCGUUGGCUGGCGAUAUGAUGAGGAAAUCUAUUGUGUUUGACAAGGCGACGCCCGAGGUCUUCUACUGCCCCCUCGACAAGCCCACCUCCUUCGAGAAGAUGUUCGUCCGCUCCAGACCUCUCGACAAGCUCUGCGAGUUCGAUGGCACAGGGCUACCCGAGGACUACAAGAGCGAUUGUUACAACGACGUGGACGAGAGCGAGUACGCCUGCAAGGAGAAGAAGCGCAUCUUGAUGCGAAUGAAGGAGGCGGAGGAAGAACUGGCCGAAGCUGAGGCUACACAAAUGCCUAACACCAACAACAGCGAGUAAGGCACACUAACUCCCGGCCCCCCACCCACCGGACACAGGUUAACUCACGCUCUUAAUUAACGUACAAGAAGUGUUAGUCACGUACGGGAAGCACUAAUCACGUACGGGAUAUGGAAGUAGUAAAAAAAAUAGUUUAGGAUACAGACAUCUUGGGAAAUGACGUCGGUUAGACUGAUUCUCACCCAGAAUUGUGUUUAUGGCAGCGUUUUUGAAUAUCCAGGCAAGAACGUCUUUGGGAUUUAUCGACAAUAACUAAUAUAUAUAUAUAUAUAUAUAUAUAUAUAUAUAUAUAUAUAUAUAUAUAUAUAUAUAUAUAUAUAUAUAUAUAUAUAUAAUUUUAUUUUUUGCCAUUAAUGAGAUUAUGAAGUAAUGCUAAGAGGGGGUUGCUGAAGUACACAGUAGUUAAACCUGGGUGAUGAUAAGCUGCCUCAGCGUCGUCCCCAAGAUGGCAUGUAUGUGCUUGGUACACGACCCCAUGCAACACUGUCACUGGUCCACCAUCAACAAUGCAGUGUAGUAGUAAACUGCUUGCAUGUUAUGGAAUCUUUUAAUUACCAUUAUUCAACAAAAUUUUCUAAAUUCCUCAAUAUCGCAAUGAUAUACAUAAUUAAAAUAUGAUUUAGUAAAUUAUUUCAAGUGCUGAUGACAACAUGCAUGCAAUAGCAAGUCUUGGUAAUAUGUCAAGCAGUAGAACAAUUAGCUCCGUGGAAUUACAUGAUAAACAUCUGUGGUUUUUAACCAUUACUUAAGUAAAUAAUAUUAGAACCACACAGUAACUACCCGUGAGAAACUUAGUUUGAUGUUGAUGUACCUGGUGCAUGUCUUGGUUGUUAGCCGUCAGAAGUCCCAGUCAGCCAGACCGUGACACACGGUGGGCCGCCUCGCCUCACCCAUCAUCUCUCUCCCCCGCCAGAUGCGCCUCAACCCACCAGGCAGCGAAAACGCCAUCAAGAAGCCGUCAAGACUACGCAGCAAAGGAUAAAUUUAUCGCAUCAGACAGAUAAUUAAACAUAUAUACAUUUAUUACAUGUUAAUUUGGUAGGGAGGGGAGGAUAAAUUAUGAAGAAAAAAUAUUAGCCUUGUAUAUUUUGGGAUUUAAACCUGAAAUAACUGAUUAAAGAAAAAUAGUCUGAAUUGGUUAUUUUAUUGUUUUGUUAUAUAUUGUUUAUUAUAUGCAUAGCAACCAUUAUUUUAUUUAUGAUCAUUUAUAAAUACUGUAGUAGUCCUUAUAAUUAACUGUACUUAUCAAAUGUAAUAUAUUAAAUGUUUAGAUCAUGUUAUGGAUGGUGGUGUGGAGGGUCAACAACAACUGAGUGAUUACUGUCAUCUAGGAAGCCAAAGUUAAUUUAUCAUGUUACUUGAGGUUGUCAUCUCAAGCUAAAUGAGCCAAAAAUUAGUUACUUUGGAUUAGUAAUUUUUUUGUAUGUAAGGGUAAAUUUUGUGUAGAAUGACCACACUUUAUACAAACAUAAAUUCCAACAUUAGGACUUUAUAAUAAGGUUGUUUGUACUUUGCAAUUGUAACUGCAGUACUGUAUGGAAAUAUUUCCAGUGAUCUGAAACCAUUUGACGAGAUGAUCAGUGAGCUGUAUCAUGAUCCUCCGAGCUCUUUCUUUUACGUGAAAAUGAAGAAAAAAAACAUGGAAUAUCAGCUGUGACCUCAAUACGCGGCUGCUUCAAAUCUUGUUGGGGAAAUUUUUUGCACUACAAUGCCUACAGCACAUCAUCUACGUAAAAAAUGUCACGUAGCAAAAGCGCUAUAAUGCACACAGGUCAGGUCGAAUAUUCUAAAACAAUGUAGCUUAUAUCUACUGUAGACCAACGAAAUAAUUGCUAUCCACAAAAGAGUUUAAAAAUAACUAUUCAUAAUCUCUAUCGAACUGUCCACGGUUGAGGGAACAACAGUGCACUGCGUCAGCUCGUCAAAUGGUGAGGUGUUCUCGCGCCGCUCCAGCUUGUGUGUUGUGUGUGGGGCCGCGUGACUGCCACCUGCUGUCCUUACUGGUACUCCACAAGUCCGAUCUUGACCAAUGGCUUCUUUAUCAAUGAUUCCUAACGCUCAUUUUUUUUUUUUAGUAGUUUUAACAAUUUCAAUUUAACAUUACAUUUUGUCGACGUAUAGUCCAGCGCUUAACGAAACGGCUUGUUACAUAGGAGUCACAAGCUUUAAAACUGACGGUUUAGGAUAAACUAUUCACAUAACACAUACUCAUUAAAAUUAGGAGGAAUCCGUCAUUUACAGUAAUAUUUAGCCAAAAGCUUAUCAGAAUAACGAUUCUUUGCCAGAUUUUAGUAUUACAAAUUCGAUGAUUUUUUUUUAAUAUUGUCCAUACCAGUUUAACUACGAUUUUUGUCCUUAUAUAACAAAAUUCUCAACACUGCACAGCGGUCUUGUUUUAAAUCUGGUAAACAUCUUAAGGUAAACAUACACACAUCUCUUGUUAACUACAGGAGUCGGCCUUUGCUCCAGGAUAAUACCUAAACAACUUGCCAUAUUCACAGUGUACUUAAUUUCAUAACUGGAUAACAGAAAUAACUCAAGAAACAUGUGUAUAUCUUUAAGCUCUCGUGUGUAAUGAUAACAAUAUAUGUUUUGCACUUCUUGAGGACAUCAGCCGAAGUCCUUCACGUGUAUUUCUUGAAUUGCUGCUGAUAAGCAAUAUGCCAUACUAAAUAUUUCUUGUAAAAUAAUAAACAAUUACACAAUA